CAGGUGACGGCGGCGUGUGAGGCGGUGGCGCGGACGGGCUUCAUUAACUAUUUUGGUCUGCAGCGCUUCGGCACUGGCGGAGCUCCCACCCACGAGGUGGGCCGCGCGCUGCUCCGCUGCGAGUACGAAAACGCCGUACGCCUUGUACUGACAGGCCGAUCGGACGAACGGCCGGAGAUUGCGGCGGCGCGGCGGCUGUUCUUCGAGGAGGGCGACGCCCAGGGUGCUUUGCGCGGCAUCCCGAACUACAUGCUGGGGGAGCGUGCCGUACUGGGCGCCCUUGUGCGGCAGGGCGCCACGGCCUGGUCUGCCGCCAUGCGUGCCGUACCCCGCACGCUGCGGAUGAUGUACUUGCAUGCCUGGCAAAGCCACGUCUGGAAUCUAGCUGCAAGUCACCGGUGGGCCCGAGGGGGGUUGCCCGGCGUCACGACCUCAGCGGCUAAGCGGUUGUCGUUGGUGCGAUUGGUGACGGACGCUGACGUGGCAGCUGGGCGCUACAGCGUCUUUGAUGUCGUGCUACCGUUGCCGGGCACGGAGGUGGAGUAUCCCGCACACGAGACCGGCGAAUGGAUUCGAAAGGUGAUUGGAUUGGAUUGGCCCUGGGAUGAUGUGCUGUGCUGCGUGGCACCCCUUGGGGGAGGGAGUUGUCCGCGGCCUGUCUCUUGA